CUGGGGGAGCCUGGGGAGCCUGCUGCCCACCCGGGGCCCAGCUCGGGGGCCGGGACCAGGAACGAGAACGUCUCCACCUUGUCCGUGAGCUCCCUGGAGCGGCGGAAAUCGCGGUAUGCAGAACUGGACUUCGAGAAAAUCAUGCACACGCGGAAGCGGCACCAGGACAUGUUUCAGGACCUGAACCGGAAGCUGCAGCACGCGGAGAAGGACAAGGAGGUGCUGGGCCCAGACAGCAAGCAGCCAGAAAAGCAGCAGACACCCAACAAGCGGCCCUGGGAGAGCCUUCGGAAAGCCCACGGGACGCCUGCGUGGGUGAAGAAGGAACUGGAGCCGCUGCCGCCGUCCCCACUGGAGCUGCGGAGCGUGGAGUGGGAGAAGUCGGGCGCCACGAUCCCGCUGGUGGGCCAGGACAUCAUCGACCUCCAGACUGAGGUCUGAGCAGGUGGGCGGCAGCCACGCACCGGGCCACGAGGAGGGAUGCUGCUCUGCCCGCUCCUGCUACGGGACGGGCACAGACAUGCUCUCGGGCUGUGGGCCAGGCCCGCGUCCCGGCCUCAGGGUGCUCGGACGGCGGCCCUGCGGAGGCCCGCCCUGCUGGGACCAGAGCCAGACGGGACAGGAGGCACCAGCGGCCCGCGGGGGCACAGGGCUCCAGAGGCCGGAAGGUGCCUCAGACUCUGCCCUCCUCCAGCCCAGCGCCGGCGGGCAGGCGGGCGGGCCGCGGACAGGGGCCAGGCCAGGUGCGGCCAGCAUCCCCGGGAUGCCUGCCGAGCUGCCGCAGCAGAGGACCAGCCUGCUUGGCCCAGCUGGCCUGGCACCAUUUUUUAGACAUCCCUACCCCUCGGGAAGCAGCCCCCCACCACCUUUCCAGGGCCCGGGGCCCCUCCCCAGACCCAGGUGGAGAGCACAGCCCUCGCUCACCUGCGCAGACCCCAGGGGCAGGACUAGAAGCCCACUCCGGGAAGAGCAGGGGUGGGGAAUCUAUUUUUUCUCUCCUUUUCUUUUCUUCAAUAAAAAGAAUUAAA